UGUCAGUGCAACGCAGACUCCGGCCAUCAGAGGGCGCCGGGGCGGCUGGGCUAGUGCGCAGGCGCGCUGAGAGGGCUGGCGCCGCUGCGGCAGCUGCGGCGGUCGUGGCUGCGCCCGGGGGAAGUGAAUGGUUUUACCCAGAGGGCCCUGCGCCGCCUUUCUCCGCUGGCAACGGCGCCGCUCCCCGCUCCUCCUCCCCAGCCAUGGCGUUCACGUUCGCGGCCUUCUGCUACAUGCUGGCGCUGCUGCUCACUGCCGCGCUCAUCUUCUUCGCCAUUUGGCACAUUAUAGCAUUUGAUGAGCUGAAGACUGAUUACAAGAAUCCUAUAGACCAGUGUAAUACCCUGAAUCCCCUUGUACUCCCAGAGUACCUCAUCCAUGCUUUCUUCUGUGUCAUGUUUCUUUGUGCAGCAGAGUGGCUUACACUGGGUCUCAAUAUGCCCCUCUUGGCAUAUCAUAUUUGGAGGUAUAUGAGUAGACCAGUGAUGAGUGGCCCAGGACUCUAUGACCCUACAACCAUCAUGAAUGCAGAUAUUCUAGCAUAUUGUCAGAAGGAAGGAUGGUGCAAAUUAGCUUUUUAUCUUCUAGCAUUUUUUUACUACCUAUACGGCAUGAUCUAUGUUUUGGUGAGCUCUUAGAACAACACACAGAAGAAUUGGUCCAGUUAAGUGCAUGCAAAAAGCCACCAAAUGAAGGGAUUCUAUCCAGCAAGAUCCUGUCCAAGAGUAGCCUGUGGAAUCUGAUCAGUUACUUUAAAAAAUGACUCCUUAUUUUUUAAAUGUUUCCACAUUUUUUCCUUGUGGAAAGACUGUUUUCAUAUGUUAUACUCGGAUAAAGAUUUUAAAUGGUAUUAUGUAUAAAUUAAUAUAAAAUGAUUACCUCUGGUGUUGACAGGUUUGAACUUGCACUUCUUAAGGAACAGCCAUAAUCCUCUGAAUGAUGCAUUAAUUACUGACUGUCCUAGUACAUUGGAAGCUUUUGUUUAUAGGAACUUGUAGGGCUCAUUUUGGUCUCAUUGAAACAGUAUCUAAUUAUAAAUUAGCUGUAGAUAUCAGGUGCUUCUGAUGAACUGAAAAUGUAUAUCUGACUAGUGGGAAACUUCAUGGGUUUCCUCAUCUGUCAUGUAGAUGAUUAUAUAUGGAUACAUUUACAAAAAUAAAAAGCGGGAAUUUUCCCUUCGCUUGAAUAUUAUCCCUGUAUAUUGCAUGAAUGAGAGAUUUCCCAUAUUUCCAUCAGAGUAAUAAAUAUACUUGCUUUAAUUCUUAAGCAUAAGUAAACAUGAUAUAAAAAUAUAUGCUGAAUUACUUGUGAAGAAUGCAUUUAAAGCUAUUUUAAAUGUGUUUUUAUUUGUAAGACAUUACUUAUUAAGAAAUUGGUUAUUAUGCUUACUGUUCUAAUCUGGUGGUAAAGGUAUUCUUAAGAAUUUGCAGGUACUUCAGAUUUUCAAAACUGAAUGAGAGAAAAUUGUAUAACCAUCCUGCUGUUCCUUUAGUGCAAUACAAUAAAACUCUGAAAUUAAGACUCA